UGUGCUGGGUUCUUCGGAAAUUCUAAUGAUGAAAGCUAGUGCAGGCCCUCACUUCCCUUUUCUGUACAGUGCAGGUCUGGGCUGCCACGAGUCAGAGCAGUUUUCGUUUGGGAGCCUGAAGCAAACAUGGAUCAAGAAACCAUGGGCAAUAUUGUCCUGCUGGCCAUCGUCACCCUCAUCAGUGUGGUCCAGAAUGGGUUCUUUGCCCAGAAGGUGGAGCAUGAAAGCAAGACCCAGAAUGGGCGGAGCUUCCAGAGGACUGGGACCCUUGCCUUUGAGAGGGUCUACACUGCCAACCAGAACUGCGUAGAUGCAUACCCCACUUUCCUGGCUGUGCUCUGGAGUGCGGGAAUCCUCUGCAGUCAAGUUCCUGCCGCCUUUGCUGGACUGAUGUACUUGUUCGUGAGGCAAAAGUACUUUUUUGGCUAUCUAGGAGAGAGAACUCAGAGCACACCUGGGUACAUAUUUGGGAAACGCAUCAUACUGUUCCUGUUCCUCAUGUCCAUUGCUGGUAUUUUCAACUAUUACCUCAUCCUCUUUUUCGGAAGUGACUUUGAAAACUACAUAAAGACGAUAACCACCACCAUCUCCCCUCUGCUGCUUAUUCCCUAGCUCUCUGCUGAAGGCAGGGCUGGUGCUCUCAUCUAAUCAAUACGUAGAAGUCAUCAUAAUUCAACCUUUUAAAGGAUGCAGCUCCUCUUUAGAUAGCUGUAAAUCUAACGACCAUCUGGGCUUGCCAGCUUGAGUUAACCUUGCUUUCCUGGAAGAAAAUAACUUGGUGUCAGCAUCGCCCCUUGAACAUGGCCCCAGACUUGUUAUUCACACCCAUUUUGUAUGUUUCUGGACUUUUCCUUUCUUGAUGUUUUGUGUCCAAAUUUAUGGUUUCCUAAAAUAAAAUGCAAAGACAUAUUUUAGGCUG